AUGGCAGGCAAACAGGCCAACAUGGGGAAGAUAAUCUUCUAUGAGGACAAGAACUUCUCUGGGCACCAUUUUGAGUGCAGCAGUGACUGUGUGGACCUGAUGUGCCUCCUCAAACGCUGCAACUCCAUCAAGGUGGAAAGCGGCUGUUUCAUGAUCUACGAGAAACCCAACUACACUGGAAACCAGUACUACUUAAAGAGAGGAGAGUAUCCUGACUUCUAUCACUGGAUGGGAGCCAACGACUCGAUCUGCUCCUGCCGCCUCAUCCACAUGAAGCCGGGGUCCUUCAUCAUGCGGCUGUAUGAGCGGCUCGAGUUCGGAGGCCAGAUGAUGGACCUGGUGGACGACUGUCCUAGCGUCCUGGACCGCUUCCACGUGAAUGACAUCUUCUCCUGCAACGUGACCGAAGGCAACUGGCUCUUCUUUGAGCAGCCAAACUACCGGGGCAGGAUGUACCUGAUCAGACCUGGAGAGUACAAGAGGUUCAGCGAGUGGGGCGGCAGGAGCGCAAGGGUCGGCUCAAUCAGACGCAUCCUGGACUAUUGA